AUGGCUGCCCCCUUGACGCGUAUAUCUUGGUCUAUUUUAAAAAGAAAUCAGUUCCAGUAUAAACAAAUCUUAACAGUUUCCGAUGUGAAUCGUUUUACACAAUACAAAUGUUCAUACACUGAAGAACGAAAAUCACGUAUUUCCAAUAAAACAAUUAGAAAUACUUUACUUUACGCCGUCUUUUUCUCCGGUUUUGGUUAUAUUUGGUAUAGGUGGAAGGAUGAUUACCAGCACUGCCUCAACAACUCGACGAAUUCUAUGUUUGCAGUAUAUGCUAAACAAGCUUCUUGGAAUGAUAGUAAUAAUAGAAAUAAAUAUAAUUUUAUAGCAGAUGUAGUAGAGAAAUCAGCUCCCGCAGUAGUAUACAUUGAAAUUAAAAACACCAGGAAGUAUGAUUUUUCUACAGGUAAACCAUUGAACAUCAGCAAUGGAUCUGGUUUUAUAGUUGAAUCAGAUGGUCUUAUAUUGACAAAUGCUCAUGUUGUUAAUGCCAGACCUAAUACUAUUGUUAAGGUACGCCUUUAUGAUGGAACUACUUAUACUGGUGUCGUAGAAGAUAUUGAUAUGCUCAAUGACCUUGCAACUGUGAGAAUUGACAAGAAAAAUUUACCAGUUAUGAAACUUGGUUCUUCUGCAAAUCUUAGGCCAGGAGAAUUUGUAGUUGCUAUUGGAUCUCCAUUAUCUUUAAGUAAUACAAUUACAAGUGGUGUAAUAAGCAGUGUAAACAGACAUAGUCAAGAACUUGGUCUUGAUAAACAGAUGGCUUAUAUCCAAACAGAUGCUGCAAUCACUUUUGGAAAUUCGGGUGGUCCAUUGGUUAAUUUGGAUGCAGAAGCAAUUGGUAUAAAUGCAAUGAAAGUAACAUCUGGUAUUUCUUUUGCAAUACCCAUAGAUUAUGCAAAAGAUUUUUUGAAAAGAGCAGAACUGCGUAGAAAAGGCAAAGGUAUGAAACACAUACCGGAAAAGGUAAAAACUCAGUAUAUUGGAGUUACAAUGCUUACUCUCACAUCCGAUCUCUUUUAUGAAUUGCAAAAGAAAUUGAAAGGAAUUUCACAUAAUGUUACACAUGGUGUUCUGAUUUAUAAAGUAAAUAUAGGAUCGCCAGCCCACAUAGGUGGUUUACGAGCUGGCGAUAUUGUAACGCAUGUUAACGACGAACCAGUGAUAUCCUCAGCUACUAUCUACAAAGCUAUAGAAUCAACCAAAACCUUGAGAUUGGUUGUGAUUAGAGAAAUGCAAGUAUUGCACAUUCGAAUCGAGCCAGAAGAAAUUUAAAUCGCGCAACCAGUAAUACAAUUUACUUCAACAUUGAAAAUGGAACUUAAACAAAUCUCCUACCUCAUUUAAAUAUUUCACUAAUAUGUUAUGUAUCAUUUAUAUUUUGUUUUUAUUUUUUUCAAUUUUGCAAUACAAUGAUUCUAUACUGUGUUAAUACUUCAAAUACCGCUGAAUCGUUCCUACAACAAAAAAUUAACGCUAUCCGGUGAGAUAUGUUCCAAUUAUCCCAAAAUAGAAUUCCUUUGGAUCUUUUUUAUUUCACUUUUUCUGUGGCCGCCACGAAGACUGAUGUUGCGUCGAGGCCCCUGUUACGAUAGGGAACUUUCUUCUGCGUACAUGUAUGUGCGUAUGUACGUCGGGUGUGGUCCAUUGGCAUGACUGCAUUAUGUUUAUGUUGUUUACGACAUAAGGCGACCUCCGCAAAUAUGUGGCCGGAUCUCGGGGAGCGUAGGCGUGGUCCGAGUGGCUUCCAGCAUUUUUUCCGAAAACGCUUUACUGGCCGCGGCAUCUUGUUGGAAUUCUAAGCUAUGUUUGCACUAUCACAAUAAGUUAUAGAAAUAUUACAGCAGUCACAGCAAUUUUUCUCUAUUUUUAAUGGACUGUUUUAAAUAAUUUUCUUUAAACCUAAAAUUUAAACAGAACUGUUUGUUAGUAAUUUUGAAAAUUGACGAGGUCUGCGCCAAUUUAUAGGUAGACAAAGAAAAAAUUAUCCUCAACCCCAUAAUUUUGUAUAUAAACUUAUUACAUUGUAGAAAUGAUAAAUAUAUUUAUAACAACAAUUAU